AUACUGAAAUUUAUCGUAUACACCUCCGACUUGUCGCUUGACACCUCCUGAUUAUGCCUCUUCCCAUCUGACCUUUCAGCACAAUCCACAAUGCAAGUUCAAUCUCGAGCGAACAUGAUGAUGCAACACCUCACUCGAUGAUCCCCAGAGCUGCUGGAAGUGGACCAAUCCGCCGACCCAGCUUUACUUUUACAAGUUGUAGUUGCGUGAGAGGUGGAGAAGUACUCAUCCUUACGGGAUUGAUGAGUGGCUGCAUCGAUGGAGUUUUUGCAAUCUCCACUCCAACCUCGGCAUCCAUGGAAGACCACAAACUCAUCGUAUGGGAACUUUUAUGUUCCUGUUCACAGAGAGGUUCGGAAGCCACCGGAGCCAGUGGCCCACGAUGCGUGCAACAAGAAGGCUGACGCUUUGGGCAAGGAGCUGUGCGAAAUCAAAUCGAAGGUCGAAUGUUUGACGCAACGAUGUGGAAACAAGCUGUACUCAGAAUGGCCCCCAAAAACUGGUGAAAAGGAACACACAUGUUUCAUCCUACCACCGACGGGGGGAGUGAACAGAAGCAUGUUUUCACCGAAGAUAGGAUUGUGUGCGUGUCCUGAGAACCCGGGUCCACCGAAUGCCAACCCGUAUGAGACGGAGUGCAGGACGGAGUACAACGGGGCGAAGAAAAACGAUGCUCAGUUUCUGGAGGAGCACAUCAAGACGGAGCAUCCUCGGCUGGUGAAGCACCUGCACCCUUGCCUCCCCUUCUCCGCUCCAUGUGCCGUCGGUGACCACUUCCCCAGCCCCAUAGAUGAUUAUAAGCAAAGUGGAAGCAAGAGUGGAAGCAGAAGUAGUGAAAGGCAUCGACAGUGCAAAAUGAUUGGCCUUUAUAAGCGCUCAAAUAAGGAAUAUCAUUUGAAUUAUGGACAUGAACAAGGAAAUUCCAAUCGCAAACACCACAACGAUAAUAAUUUCCAAAUAAGAAUUAUGGGGAAUAAUAAUAACUACAAUCCUUCAAGACCAAUUAACAAGCCUCAUUUGAAGCCCAGACCAGCUUACGACCAAUGCUACAAUUAUUAUAGAUAUUAUGGUUAUGCUGGAAAGGGAGCUAAAACAAGCAAAGGAUGGCAACCAAAACUAAAGUUUUAAAGUACUUAAAAAAAACCAGAUAUAUAAUCAACAACUUAAAUAAAUCAUUUCUUUUGAUUACAAUAAAAAUGUAAAACAUGACUUUAUAUGGUAGAUUUUACAUUGUUUUCUAGUGAGCUUUAAAAAGAAAUGAGGACAUCUUACCCACUUUAAUUUGUGAAUACAUACAUGUAAAAAUAUGGAUUUUGAAUAUGCUAAUGUUUCAGCAAAGAGACUGAAUGUUCUGAAUAGAACUAACAUCUAUGCUUAUGUACUCUUCAGCAAACAUUUUUGAAGAAUCAAGUUUUUUAUCAAAAUAAAUAAAGUCAAAAUGAUAAAUUUUACAUGA